AUGGAAGCUAAAAAUCCUAAAGAAAAGAGUUUAUUUUUUAUUGCAGAAGCUCUUUCACAUAUUCGAGUUAUUAAUCUUAUUAUAGAAUAUCCAGAAAAUACGUAUAAACCAGACUUAUUAAAAUUGUUUAAUACACAUUCAAUAUCUUUAGAGCUUAAGGGUGUAUUAAUAACUAUUUUUCUUCCUGGUGAAACAAAAAAAGAUACUUUUAUACAAGUAAAUCAACUUAAUAAAGCUUUGUCAAUCCGUCUUCCAUUAAAUAACUCCUUGGUUAAAGCUACUGAAGAAAUAUCGCCUUGGUCUGCAGUAUAUAUUGAUUUGAAUUCAAAUUUUUGCUGUAUUUUUUGUUUGUCUAUCUUGUUGAAUAAAAAUGAAAUAAAAUAUUGGAGAAAUCUUCCUUCUGAUAAUUGGGCUGAUAUGAUGGAUUACUGGGUAUGUCAUGGAAGAAAACAAAGCAUAUUACAGGAAUUUGGAGUAUAUAAAAAUCGUAAAUUUGUAUCUCGUCCAGGCAUUGUUUUUGUAGGGUUAUCUUAUUUUUUGGUUUUUCAUGAAAAUAUACAAAAUACAAAGAUUAAUGAUAUUAUAUUCGGCUUAAAGAAAUAUGAUAAGAUAUCCUCAAUUAAUGAUGGAUUUCUUUCAUAUUUAGACACGUUAUUUCAUUAUGCGAUGCAAAGACUAGCGUCGGAUAAGAUUAAAUCGAAGAUUGAAGAAAACAAUGUAUUUUGUAGUUCUUGUAAAAUGAAUAUAGGUACAGUGGCUGAAGAUGGAAUAAAGCUUUAUAAAAAAAAGUAUUCUAAUUUUUUUAGAACAAUUUCUUUUCAUAUAAACGUUUUUAUUUCUGCUCAAUUAUUGACUUUGAUUGAAGUACAUGCAAAUUAUAAAUUUGAUAUUUAUAAUGAAGAGACAAAGAAUUGCGUAUUAAAGAUAUGGGUAUUUAAUUCUGAUUUAAGAAUAACGAAUGGUUUAUUUUAUGGGCCUGACAUAAAUAUUAAUAAUAAUAAAUAUAAUAAGUUUCUUGGGACUCGUGUAAUGAAAAUAUUUUAUAUGUUAAUUCAAAAUACUAGUAUAGAAUCAUAUGAUAAUAAUGUUGUACUUCAUCCAGAAAUGAUUAAAAGUAUGCUAUAUUCACUAAAAGAAAGUAAUUCUUUAAUUCCUAAAAGCAGUAGACAAUUCGGUAUUUGGAAUAUUGGAUAUCUAGAAAGAUAUGAUUAA